UUGAAAUUAAAAAUGUCAUUGAACUCUGAGCCACCCAGACCAGGCUCAGUUUGAAAAGUCCAGCCUCCUUUGGAAGCUGGCUCAAACUUUGAGCUUGAGAUGCUGAAGAAGGAUCUUGCUUUUCAAAAAGACUGUUUUGAAAAGAAACUUCAACGGAAAGAAGAGAAGAUUAUUGAGCUGCAACAAGAAAUUGAAUGUCAGAAAUAAGAUCAGAGCAAGGAUCAAGACAGAAUUAGCAAUGAAGAUUAACACUGCUGAUCAAUUCAAAGAAGAGAAACUCAAAGUUUCUCAGACUUUGAAGGAAGCAGAGAAUAAGAAUGAAAAUCUUAAGUUGAUGCUGGCCAGCACCAAGCUGGUCAUGGACAAACUUUUGGUAUUAUUUUCAGACCUAAAAAUGUAUAUGAAAGAGUUGAAGGACGAUGAGCAGGAGGUCUUAGAGUGAGUCAAGGAGCGAUACCAGAAGAAAUCUAUUGAGCAGAACUUCAUCCUUAUCAGCUCCAACUGAGAAGGAGAUGCUUCAGGAGAGACAAAAUCUCUGAAAUCAGCUCCUGCUGAUAUUUCUGUGCAAAGCAAAGAAGUCAUCGAAGGCUCUGAUUUAAUAAUCUCAAAGGACUUUGCUAAUCCUGAUUCGCUCUUCUAUGAUUUUCUUGAGGGUAACCAAAUGAAGCAUCUUGAUUCUCUUGAUGAAGUAAUCAAAGAUAUCAAUGUUAGUACAGAAAUUGUCCAGAAAGAAGUCGAAAAAAUAUCAAAGCUUGAUCAAAAGAAGCUGGUGGAGGCUCCUCCUGCAGUUAAUUUUGAUGAUAUUCUAUUCAAAAAUAGCUCAAACUUGCAGGAGAAGGAAAGAGCAUACCAGAACAAUAUGUGUAAACUAAUCUCUCAGGAGAUAGCCAAGGUCAGCAAGACCAUGUCUAUUCUGAAACAACUUAUCCUUGAAGGGAAGUUCACUGAGCUUAAGCAGAUGCUUCUUGAUCAUGAAGAUAAGAAAGGUAGACGUUCAGAAGCAUUUACUCCCAAUUGAGAAUGCAUCACUGAGAAAGAGAAUAUAGGGACUUAUACACAUGUAAAGGAUGAGAAGAAGUACAGACUUUUGAGCCAUUCUAGAUUGUCCCUCAAUAGUAUGAAAGAGCAAUCUAUCUAAAAAUUAAGCACAAGUU